GAAAGAGAGAGAAAGAAACAAGAAUAAGUGAAGAAAGGAAGAGAGGAGAGGAAAAAAAAGAAGAGACGAGAGAAGAAGGAUGGAAAGAGAAAGUGAGAGGGAGGAAAGAAAGGAGAGAAGAAGAAGGGAGAAAUGAUGAGGAAGAAAAUGGAAAGAAAAGAGAGAGGAGGUAGGGAAAGGUGGGGAGGUGAAAGAGGGAAAGGAGAAAGGAAGGAGGAAGAGGUAAGAAGGGAAAACAAAGGAAAAAGAGAUGGCGAGGGAAAAAAGGAAGGAGAGAAAUGAAAGAAAGGUAGAGAAAAACAAAGAAAAAAAGAGAGAUGGUGGAGGGAAGGGUGGUGAGGGGAAGAAAAGGAGGGGAGAGAGGGGGAGGGAGAGAUAGUGAGGGGAAGGAAGAGGAAAGGUCACGAGGGGAGGGAAGGAAAGAAGAGGUGGUGAGGGGAAAUGGAAGAAAUGGAGAGAUGGGGAGGGAAGGACGAUGAGGGGAGGAAAGGGGAGAGAGGGGGAGAGAGGAAAGGUACCUUGCGUGUGCACCAAGAACCAGGUAACUCUCUCAUUUGCUACCUGGCGGAGGGAGAAGCAGGUGCCAUGGACAAGUCCUCUCAGUGCUGGCGUGUCCUUCACCGCCUUAAGUCACUUCGCGGGGCCUUCUGCUGCUUCUAGGGGCACCAUGGGGAGUGGGAUCAGCAAGGGCGGGGCGGAAGGAAUGCCCCUGGAGACGAUAAAGGCACACAAUGACUGUAUCAACUGCAUGGCUCUCUCUGAAGAUGCCUCUCUGCUGGUGACUGGCUCCGAUGACACGACCGCCAAGAUGUGGAGCACCAAGACGGACUGUGUGGAGGACCUGGGCACGCUGGAGGGCCACCAGAGCUUCAUUCAGUGUGUAACCAUUUAUGACACCUAUGUGAUAACGGGUUCCAAGGACGCCACCCUCAAACUAUGGGACAUGAGUUCAAUGGAGUGCUUGUUUACGUACGUGGGACACACCAACAGGAUAAACCGCCUCAUCUGCACGGGGGAGUUUAUCUUUAGCACGUCCCACGAUAAGACUGCGAGGGCGUGGCUGUUCGAUACCCAGGAGGUGGAGGAACCGAGCGACGCCUGCAUAAGGACAUUUGAGGGACACACAUCAAUCGUCUCACCAAUAAUCUUCGUCCCCGGCACAUCGAUAGGCUUUCCUGACGAGAGGGGCAUGAACAUUAACCCAGCAGACAAGGUGAUCACUGGCAGCUUCGACAACACGGCGCGAGUCUGGUCCUUCGACACUGGGAUCUGCUUGAAGGUGCUGAAGGGACACCGUCUGCCAAUCACCUGCAUGGACACUGAUCCUAAGGGCACCAUCCUGUACACGGCGGGGCAAGACAAGGCCAUCAUUGCGUGGGACAUCGCCAGGGGACACAUCAUGAAGCGGGUUGACGAGGCUCACGCGGGGGCCAUCCUGCACCUGCGCGUGGUGAACCGGCUUGCCUACACGUGCAGCACAGACUACACGGCCAAGUGCUGGGUGAGGGAGGGGCUGGAGAACACGAGAACCUACAAGGAACACACGGAUUCUGUCAUCACUGCAAGGUUUCAUAACGGGAUACUAUACACAGCUAGCAAUGACGGACUGGUACGGGCCUUCGAUGCAAAGAGUGGCGCCCUUAAGAGGAAGUUUAAGGGGCAUGACAGCGGAGUGACGUGCAUGACAGUGUGCGUGAAGGAGCAUAACGGGGAGGUCUUCACGUGGAUCGUCUCUGGAGGAAAUGACAGCACCAUUAAAGUCUGGAACGCUACAGGACUUAGUGAAGAGUUUCCGGAUGUGCCACAGCCAAGCCACGAGUACGACUUCACGCAGGAUGAACGACUGGAUGACCUUGACAGACGACUGGACGACUACAUGCCAAACUCCCCGCCCCCCGAUGACGCGUCCCUGGAAAUCCUAGACUCGUAGAUAGCUGAGGGCGGUAGGAGAGCUGGAGGAGGGCACCGAGUCAACAGAAAACGGAAGAGUAAGUAGAGAACGCAGGCUAGGAGGAGGUAGCGAGUGAACAGAAAACGAGGUGAGAAGGGAGAAUGGGAGGCAGAAAACGAGGCGAGAAGAGAGAAUGGGACGCAGAAAACGAGACGAGAAGAGAGAACGGGAAGCAGAAAACGAGACGAGAAAAGAGAACGGAAGGCAGAAAACGGGCGAGAAGCGAGAGGAGAGAACGGGAAGCAGAGGACGGGAAGAAAACGAGGUGGGUGGUGGUGAAGGCUGCAAGAAAAUGGCAAGAAAAAAAGAAACGAAGAAAAAAAAAUAAAAAGGAAUGAAAUAACAGAAGAAGAGAGGAAGCAGGAGGGUAGAAGCGAAGGAGGCCAUAGAGAAACACAAGGGAAGAAGAAAACUGACCAAAAACUAAUAUUUUUCUUUACAAAUACUUGACUCUUUCUGUUGAAGUUUGCACGAGUAAAAGAGAAGCUUCCAUAA